UCUCCAUGCCACGACUCUCUCUUUCGUUCCAUCUUGUGAACGGCGCAACGGUGAAGCGGCACCACGGCAGUGUUUACAGUAGGCCUUCGGGGCUUACAGGUUUUCAUCUUCGUUUUUGACAGUGUUCAACUGCGAAGGGCUUGCACAGGGGCUAACGCUUUGCCUGCAGACUGAGCGGGAUCUCGCGAGAGCGGUGGCGUGGCUGGUUGGCAGUAGGCUUGCAGUAAGACAGAGGAGAAGGCAGGCAGCAUCAUGGCGGACAGAGACAGUGGAAGUGAGCAGGGAGGAGCAGCCACGGGCCCGGGUGUCGGUUCCAUGCACCCAGUGACAGGAGGGGCGGGCUCGGCUUCCGGGCUGCAGCACGAGACGCAAGAGCUCGCCUCGAAGCGGGUUGACAUCCAGAACAAGCGCUUCUAUCUGGACGUAAAGCAGAACGCGAAAGGCCGCUUCUUGAAGAUAGCUGAAGUCGGGGCCGGGGGAAACAAGAGCCGCCUCACUCUCUCCAUGUCCGUCGCGGUCGAGUUCCGCGACUACCUGGGGGACUUCAUCGAGCAUUACGCCCAGCUGGGGCCGAGCAAUCCGGACAUAGCGCAGGACGAGCCGCGGCGGGCGCUGAAGAGUGAGUUCUUGGUUCGGGAGAAUCGGAAGUACUACAUGGAUCUAAAGGAGAACCAGAGGGGCCGGUUUUUGAGGAUCCGACAGACCGUCAACCGGGGGCCCGGUUUGGGAUCGACGCAAGGCCAGACGAUCGCUCUUCCAGCCCAGGGACUUAUCGAGUUUCGCGACGCUCUCGCCAAACUCAUCGACGACUACGGAGUGGAGGACGAGCCCGCGGAGCUGCCUGAGGGAACCUCGUUAACUGUGGACAACAAGCGCUUUUUCUUUGACGUGGGCUCCAACAAGUACGGGGUGUUCAUGAGGGUGAGCGAGGUUAAGCCCACCUAUCGUAACUCUAUCACAGUGCCCUACAAAGUGUGGUCCAAAUUCGGGAACACAUUCUGUAAGUACGCAGACGAAAUGAAAAAGAUUCAAGAGAAACAGAGGGAAAAGCGGGCGUGCGAGCUGCAGCAACAGCAAGAGGAGAUGCACGGAGACGGCGGGGACGAGGAUUGAUAGUGGAUGGAAAAAAACAUGCAAAAAAUCACCAGAGUAACAUAAAGAGAAAUUAUAAGUACACACUUUACUGUAAAAAAAAGAGAGAUACGUAAAAAAAGAUUUAACUGUUUAACUCCAAGGGAGCACUACCCACAAAAAACAACACCUCCACAAACUGACAGUUGAGAGCAUCGCUGGACAUUAUCCACUUACCCAUCAUUAAUACAGUAAGCGGCUGCUAAACAGAGUAAUAACAUUAUAUAUGAACUGUCUUUCCUACUUGACUACAACAGAACUGAGUGUUUAUUUCCCUUAUUAACCGAGAAGUUUUUUACACGUUACAAGUGUUUGCAAACGUUCACAUGGAGUCACAUUGGAGUUAUGAGGAAUCAAAUCCUUUCUAUGUAAGCUAUUGACUUCAGCACAAAUCCGAUGUUUAGGUUGUUUUGUCUUUUUAUCCAAAAUUUAAAUCUAUCUGAAGAGGUUGUCAUGGUAACCAUGCCACUAGAUAUUACAAGCAUCACAUGAGGGCUAGCUAGGGAUCUCGGUGUGAAGAUACAACCUGUUGAUCGGUCCCUAAGAAGAGGUACAGAGGUCAAUCCAUGGACGCUUAUAUUCCAGUAAAGUGUCGCUGUGUGCAGGACAGGAUUCGAGCUAUGAAAUGCUAUGGGUUUUUUGUUGUGGAGACCUCUUCCAAACCAUUCUGAGGAGUAUUACCAGUGUUUUUCCUAAACUGAAGUUAUUGUCAUGCAGAUGAUAUGCUAUGUAUUUGUGUCUCGUUGUCAUGCGCAGUGUAUAAAAGAGGUAAACAAAGGUACUUAGGUGAGAGCAAUGAUAACAGAAACGAAAGAGCUCUUUUUGGUAAAUGACAAAUUUAACCCCUUAUCUACCAGACCCCCUCAAGUACACGUACAAAGAAUCGUAUGAAAUGUAGAAAAUAUACAAAGUAUGAUUUUGUGAAUCAGAUGUUUUUCAGUAGAGAAAAAACAACCCACGUUUUUAGUGGGGAAUUUGACAAACAAUCUGUAAAAGGGUUAUAUAUAAACAAGCAAAAUAUAUAGAUAGAUAGAUAUAUCAGUCUACCAAUGAGAGUAUGAGUGGCGCCAAGGAAUGCUGUAGUUGCAUGUUAACCGGUACACAGCCACAUUGAGGUGGAUUUCUCAAUGUUUGUCCUCAAGGACUCUUCUUUGUAACAUUUUCAAUGUCCAUAAAUUCAGUUUGUAGUUUUCGUUUAAGAAAUUAGUUAUGAAAAUGUAAACGAUAGGAGAAUAUCAACACUUUUGACUGUUUAUCAUACGUAAAUGACAAGUCUUUGGACUGAAAGUCCUCUUUUAACGGGGGUCCUUGAGGACCUGUGUUGGGAGACCCUGACUUUAAUGAAACUUGUUGGGGAGCAUACUCUUCAGCAUUAAACAACCUGGUGCCUUACAGACUCUGCAUGCUUAUACACUGGCAGGUGCUUUGGAUAUAAGUUUUUGUUUUCUCGUCUGUUUUUGUUUGGCCCUGUCCUCUCCUUUAUGCUGUUGCAUAACUCAUGCUUGGUUCCCUGAUGAAAAGGAAUUCGUUGUUCAAAGGUUUGGGAGAACGAUACCUUUGAUCACAACCGGUGACUCAGGCUGCCCAUGUCAAGGCCAAAAGUCACCUUGGCGUUUAUUGUCCCCAUACAUAAACACCAUGAGGUGUUUGUAACCUUUAGUUGAUCAAAUGACAACUGUGUGCUGAGCAAAGGGAGGUUUGGUUGUGUUUCUUGACGACUGGGUUUAGCUUUCAACAAUGUUUUUGAUUGAAAGGUAAUCUUGAGUUCUCUACUGAAACCCUCAUAGUUGGCAGCACUGCGUCAUUUGUCAAAGACCAAAAGCCUAGUUUGUGGUGUGUGGCCAAGCCUUUUUUUCCCUUUCCCUAACUUUUUAUUGUUGCUUUACAUAAUUUGGAAACUCUUGCUCACCAAGUACGAUUUUAUUUUUUUUCCCAGUGCUAUAUUUCAUUACUGUGUGCAAUAUUGAACGUGCCAAUGUUGGCAAUAUAUGUAUAUCAAUUAAAUAUAUGAUUAAUAUUGGAAACGCAUGUGGCAGAAUUCCAUGUUUAUUUCUUUAAAGGUUUUCAUUUCUUUAAAGCCUUUUAUCUGCACAAAAAGGUGUUUAUCUGGAAAAGAAACCAAUUUUAAUGAGCAGGCUUCAUCAAUUUAGAUGAAGUGAAAACAUAGCAGUUAUAUAACCUGUCUGCACUUUUUGUAAACAUUCAUGUUACAGAUGCACCCCAGUUUGGGCUCCUGUUCCUCCAAACAUAGGAGGGUUGGGGUUUAUUGAAAUGGCAUAUGAAAUGAUGGGGGUGUGAAGGCCUUUGGGUAAGGGGCAAUGAAUAUGUAUCUUUGAGUUCCAUUCGUAUACAUGGGAAGAUGCUUAUGAAGGUGUGACCUCUUCUGUCUCCAGCUGGAGAAAAUGUCUGACCAAUGUUUGUUUGAAAUUUAUCUCGACAAGGAAUGCCUUGCGCAGUUUAUUUUUCUUUAUCUGUUAACUUAUGUUCCUUCCCUUUGCAAAGAGGAUCACUGAAUUACUCAUUCGGCGGUCAUGCGUCAGAUAUAAUUUAUGUACAUUUUACAAAUUAAAAAAAUAAAAUAAAAAGAAAUGUUAAUUUACCCACCUCUCACGAAAAGAAUGUUCAAUA